AUUAGGAGAAGAAGGGGAGGAUCACCGUUUUUUCGUAUUUCGGCUGUAAAAUCUAAAAGAACUUGAAUUUGCAUCUUCUGAAAAGUUAUUAUCGUGAGCUAUUGUAACGAUAACAUUCGAUUGAGCGACCAAGACAAAAGUAAAAUAUAUUUCAAACAAAGUUCACACUAUUCGCAACAAUGACGGGUGACAUAGAUAGAUGGAUAGAAAUCGCGAAAAAGUGUAAAUAUCUCCCUGAAGAUGAUUUACGGGAGCUGUGUAAUAUCGUUUGUGACUUGCUGCUGGAGGAGCCCAAUGUGCAGCCAGUACAGACGCCGGUGACGGUCUGCGGCGACAUACAUGGACAGUUUUAUGACUUAGAAGAAUUAUUCCACAUUGGAGGACAAGUACCUGACACAAAAUAUAUUUUCAUGGGUGACUACGUAGAUAGAGGGUAUUAUAGUCUUGAAACUUUGACUCUCCUCAUGGCACUAAAAGCAAGAUAUCCUGACAGGAUAGUUUUGUUACGAGGAAAUCAUGAGACAUGCCAAACAACAAAAGUAUAUGGGUUCUAUGAUGAAUGCCUCAACAAAUAUGGUAAUGCUAAUGCGUGGAAAGAUUGCUGCAAAGUAUUUGACAUGCUGACCGUUGCUGCUUUAAUAGAUGAAACCGUUUUGUGCGUUCAUGGUGGCUUAUCUCCGGAUAUAUCAAUGGUUGAUCAAAUACGCUGUAUUGAUAGAAACCAGCAAAUACCUCAUAAAGGUGCUUUCUGUGAUCUUCUGUGGUCGGACCCUGCAGAUGUUAAAAUGUGGAAAGUCAGUCCAAGAGGUGCUGGAUGGCUGUUUGGUAGUUAUGUAACAGAACUAUUUAUGAUCUAUAACAAUUUAAACCUAAUAUGCAGAGCACAUCAGCUUGUAAAUGAAGGUUAUAAAUACAUGUUCGACGAAAGGCUCGUGACGGUCUGGUCCGCGCCUAAUUAUUGCUAUAGGUGUGGGAACGUCGCUUCAAUAUUAGAAUUCAAGACAGUGAAUGAACGAAAUCCUAAAAUAUUUAAUGCGGUGCCCGACAGUGAUAGAACAGUUCCAUCCCAGUAUAAAACCCCGUAUUUCCUAUAAUCGUCUAAGUGUACAGCUUAAUAUUGUAACUAGUAUUCCACUCUUGUAAGAUAACAUUUUGUAUAUUAAAUUGUUCUAUUUA